AUUUUUUUUCUUUUGGUUUUUUCAACAUUUUUUCUUGUGAUUUCCUGUUGAGUGAAAGUGAAGCACACAGGGCAAGCGACGCGCGUCAAACGUGCCCCAUCAAUUUGUGGGAUAUUUGCUUCUUUUUUUUUUGUUUUUUUUUUUUCUAUUUGGAUUUGUCGUGCAUUAUUCUUUAAAUGAUGCGCUUACGCGUGCUGCUGACGGUGGCACUGACGCUGACGCUGGCAGCGACUCUCACAGAGGCGGCCAUCAGUAGCCAGGACAACAAGUCCUUGCCGGUCAUCAUUAACCCCGAUCAGCACAAUGUCAUCAAUUUGAGACUACACACAGACAACACCAACACCAACACCAACAACAACAUUAACAACAACAGCAACAACAACAGCAACAACAGCAGCAGCAACAGCGACGUCAGCUUCGAUCUGACGCGAACGCUGCGUCUGCGCGAUGCUCUAAAUGUGUUCGAUCUGUCGCUGCUGGCGUCGCAGUGGCCACGCCUCGAAACUACACGCAUGCUGAGCGUCAACUGCACAAAGGACAUGCGCCGUUAUCUGCACGGCCUGACGGACGCCAAAAUGUGGGCAGUAAAAAUGGACGAUGCUUCCGGCCAUUAUACAUCCGGUUUCUUCUAUGGCAACAACUACUGGAUGGGUUCGUUGGCCCUUUGCGAUGCUAUUUACGAUGGCAGCAGCACCCUCUCCGGCGACUCCAGCACCGCCAGCAGCAACAAAAGUGAUAGCAAGGACACCAAGGAUAAUCGCAACAACGGUCUGCCCUUUGCCGAGGCCUAUGCCGAGGCCUACAGCAGCGUCUACAAUGCGCCGCCUCCAUUUGUGCCCGGGUUCUACGUGCUCAAGAUGCAGCUGAAUGAGACGAUGCCAACGCAGAUGCUGCGCACCCUUUAUAUGGGCAUGUGUCUGCCAUCGAGUUGCAGCAUUGCCGACGUGCAUCAGAUGAGUGGCUAUGCUCGUAGGGAUUUACCCAGUCGGGAGCUGAGGGUUCUGGACAUACGGGUGCCGACGGACAAGGAGUUUAACAUUUGGUCAGACAAGACCUUCUGCUUGUUGCUUGUUGUCUCUUGCAUUGUGCUGGGUUUGAUUUGCUGCGGCACCCUCUACGAGAUCUAUUUGACACGCCAGCUGCAGGAGGCACUGCGUCUGCAGGACAAGGAGAUGAUGAACAACAGUGAGACGAGCUCGGGCAUUGGGUGUGCCUCCUCCGACUACAGUGACACGAUGACCGCCCACGAUGAGGCCCUAAAGCAGUCGGGUCAAUCGGAUUCGCUGAAACAGCUCGAUCAGCUGGUGCUCAAUCUGCCACCCAAUGCUGACAAUGAUAGCGGCAAUGGUCUGGCUCUGCAUCAUCAUCACGAGCUGGAGCUGGAGGAUCAUCAUCAUCAUCAUCAUCAUCACGAUCAUGAUCAUGAUCACGAGCUGGAGCUGGCGCAUCAUCAUGACCAUGAGCGGAUGACGCAACUGCAGAGCGUUAGUGCCAGCGGCAGCAGCAGCGGCAGCAUCACCAAAAAUAACAACAAGAACAACAGCAACUCCGAUGAGCACUUGGAGGGUCAUCUGCAUGAGCCGGAGAAACUGAGCAUCUACUCGGAACUGCUAUUAUCCUUCUCGGCCAUCACGAACUUCAAUGCGAUCUGUGAUCGAAAUGUGGGCGCCGACACGAUACCCUGCAUUCAUGGACUGCGCGCCUUCAGCAUGGCUUGGGUCAUCUUGGGGCAUACGUGCAUUGUGGUGUUCAAGUACUCCGACAACAUGGAGAUGCGCAAGGAGGUCGAGCAGAACUUCUUCUUUCAGGCGAUCACCAAUGGGCCAUUCAGUGUCGACACGUUCUUCUUCAUCUCCGGCUUCCUCAUCUCGUAUCUGUACUUCCGCACGAAUGCGAAGGGAAAUCUGAACAAGCUGAGCAAGGGCGCCAAUGAGUUUACAGCUGGUACCGCUCACUUUUUUGGACUGGUCGCCUAUCGGUUUAUGCGCCUCACCGCCCCCUAUCUGUUCGUCCUUGGCGUCGUUCAGGUGACAAUGCGCUAUCUGGCUGCCUACUCUAUAUUCGAUCCGCCCACAAUGGAUCACAUCACCUGCCCGGAUUACUGGUGGCGCAACAUACUCUACAUCAACACCCUGUUUCCAGUUGAUGAGAUGUGCAUGUUGUGGAGCUGGUAUCUGGCUAAUGAUACACAAUUCUAUAUGAUCGGCGCAAUUAUUCUGAUUGUGGGCGUGCGCCACUUCAAACUGUCUGCGAUAACGACUCUGGUGUUUCUGGUGCUGUCGUGGAUAACGACGGCAGUGAUUGCCUUUACGAACAACCAUCGACCCAACACCGAUGACCCCCUCGCCCUUUUCGACAAGAUCUACGAUAAGCCCUGGACCAGACUGGGCCCAUAUCUAAUUGGCAUGGCCGUCGGCUGGAUACUGUUCCGCACCAAUUGUAAAAUCCGUUUGCCUAAGCUGACUGUGGCCACUGCCUGGACUCUGGCCAUGCUGAAUCUGUUCGUCCUGGUCUUUGGGCUGUAUCGGACGGAUCUCUCUCAGUUUAUGGCCGCCGCUUACAGUUCGCUGAGUCAUUCGGCGUGGGCGCUAUCCCUGGCAUGGAUCACCAUCGCCUGCUCGACGGGCUAUGGCGGCUAUAUCAAUUCGUUGCUCUCCGCCCCCUUUCUCUAUCCCUUCUCCCGUGUCACCUACUGUGCCUAUCUGGUGCAUCCCAUCGUCAUACGCUCGAUGGCCCUCAACUCGGAUGCGCCACUGCACCUUGGCGGCGAUUUGAUGGUCGUCAUGUUCUUUGGUCUAUCGGUCGCCUCCUAUUUCCUGUCCUUUGUCGUCUCGAUGUCCUUCGAGGCGCCGGUGGUCACAAUGCUGAAAAUCUUGUCACCUAGUCGAAAAAAACGUAUCGCCUAAGCCGGCGUCCCAUCACUCUAUUUAUGCGUUAUACUAUACUAUAAACGAGUACAUACUAUAUAAAAACAUAUACCAUAUAGACAACCUUUCCCAUUCAAACAUACCCCACUCA